GUAUGCUGUUCACCCAAUUCUUAAACACCUUCUAUUAUCAUUCUAUUAUCAAAUUUUGAUUGUUGCGUAGAAGUGAAUCCCGAUUUAAUCCUGUAUAUGUUCUGUCUGGGCAGAAAUAAGCAAAAUAAUAAUUGAUACACUUUUAGACCACUUCAGCCCACUCUUAGCCCACCUCUGUCCACUUUCAUCCCUCUUCAGCCCAUAUAUAGCCCACCUCUGUCCACUUUCAUCCCACUUCAGCCCACAUCUUAGUUACCUCUGUCCGCUUUCAUCCCACUUAGGCCCACUCUUAGCUCAACUCUGUUUACUUUCAGCCCACUUCUAGCCCAUCUCUGUCCAUUUUCAGCCCACUUAUAGCCCACAAUGAGCGACAACUUCGCAGCGACGCGCGUGCGGGCGCUGUCGGUGCGCGACAUUCGCUUCCCUACAUCCCUCGAGAACACGUGUCCCUCUGAGCAGCACCCGGACCCCGACUACUCGUGCGCGUACGUGACGCUCUUCACGGACACGGACUUGCGAGGACACGGACUCUGCUUCACCCUCGGGCGGGGAACGGAGCUGGUGGUGAGCGCGGUGAAGUCCCUGGCGCGGCUGGUGGUGGGGCGGCCGCUCAGCAAGCUCUUGUACGGCAACAUGCGCGCCACCUGGCACUCCCUGGUGUCUGAGAGCCAGCUGCGGUGGGUGGGGCCAGAGAAGGGUGUGGUGCAUCUUGCUGUGGGUGCUGUGGUCAACGCGCUGUGGGAUCUGUGGGCCCGGCUGGAGCGCGUGCCGCUGUGGAAGCUGCUCGUGGACAUGGACCCACAAGUGCUGGUCAGCACCAUCGACUUCACGUACAUAACGGACGCGCUGACGGAGCAGGAGGCGCUGCAAAUGCUGCAGCAGAUGCAGGAGGGCAAGCAGGAACGCGAGAACUUCAUGCUGAAGAACGGCUACCCCGCCUACACCACUGCUGCAGGCUGGAUCGAGUACUCGGACGAGAAGAUUAGGACGAAGUGCGAGCAGUUCCUGGCUCGAGGAUGGCGGCACUUCAAAUUGAAGGUCGGACUCGACCUGCAGCGCGACAAGGAGCGAUGCAGGCUUGUGCGUGACAUCAUCGGUUUCUGCCGCCCCCUCUGGAUCGAGGAACCCACCAGCCCUGAUGACAUCCUGGGGCACGCCACUAUUGCCGAUGCGUUACGGCCCCUGGGCAUCGGCGUAGCGACGGGCGAGGCCUGCCAGAACCGCGUGGUGUUCAAGCAGCUUCUUCAGGCCAAGGCCAUCGACUUCUGCCAGAUCGACGCCUGCCGCGUCGGUGGCGUCUCGGAGGUCUUAGCCAUCUAUCUUAUGGCCAAAAAGUUCAAUGUGCCGGUGUGUCCCCACGCCGGAGGAGUGGGGCUGUGCCAGAUGGUGCAGCACCUCCAGAUGUGGGAUUAUGUGAGCUUGACUGGCACCACCAAGAACAGGGUCAUUGAGUAUGUACCACAUCUCGAGGAGCACUUCAAGACACAAAUAAAUGUCACCAACUGCCGCUACUUCCCUCCUAAGAUCCCAGGCUACAGCGUGGAGAUGUGGGCGAAGUCUCUGCAGGAUUACGAGUAUCCUGCAGGACCAGCGUGGAAGAAGCUCUACGCAGAAGGAAAAUUCCCAGACCCCGCCAUGGAGAAAUGCCCCCUAGUCGAGCGUCCCAUUGAACGCAUCUCCAAGCGAUAGGACGAUGCACUAAAUGAUUGGUACAGGGAAAUUUAUAUUAUGUUUGAUUAGUUAAAAUUUCUAAUUUCUACUUAGUAAUGGCCACUGCUAACCUUAUUUGGGUGAGGAACACAUUCGGUGAUAGUGGUUAUUUCUUUAUGUCAGAAAAGUCUGGGGGUUUGCCGAAAUAUUAGUAACUAAUCUAGGAUUCAAAAUAUACAAGUCGAGGGAAAGGGGUCUGAAAAUACCACCAGCAAAUAGUAUGAUUCUCAAAUUAUAUUUCAUCUUAAAAUAUGUAAAUUAUCGCGUCCUUUAUGCGUGCGACAUGCACUUGUCGAUUGUAGCCAUACGGCGCGGAGCUGUAAUCGGGAUCGCAGCCUCCUGCCGUUUAUUACUGUUUUUGCGGUUGCUAGUAUUAGAACUUCCGCUGAACUGCUGCUUAGGAUAAUUUACCAUAAUUAUUUCGUUCAUUUCUUGUUCAUAUUAUCGUAGUCGGUUAACUGUUCUCCUCUGUGAAGUAAAGUCUUCCUCGACAGAGUACAGUAGGCAUAAAUUUUCCGUUGACAACAUACGAAUUUAAAGACUUGGGCACACCAUCCACGAUAGUUCCUAAGGAUUGGUAUCUGUUGCCACUUUCAUCAUUUAUUUCAGCCGAAAGUUAUGUAAUGCAAAGAUUUGACUUAUUAAAUACCCGUCUAGAUUUAUCGUUCGUCUGAUUCCCAAAUGUAUAAUUUCGUUUGUUCUGAAGUGCGGAAUUUUGUCCCGCAGUUUUACAGAAGAUAAAAAGAACCAAACGAA